GUUACCUGUCAGCUGGCUGUAUAAUUACAAUUUCUUGUCAAUGAAAGAAUUCAGUUUUGAGCAUAUAUUGAUAUCCCGUUAUUGUCUGGAAAAUAAUUGAGAAUGUUAAGUGAUUAAUGUUCAAAUGAACCAUAAAAACAAAAGAGAUGGAAGACCAAAUGAAUGUGAAUUACCAGAUGCUAUUCAAGCUACAGCUGUUGCCUUAAAUCUGUGUUUAGCUAAUAAGUUCUUGAAAGCCCAGGAAAAGUUACGACCAUGGGCCAACGAAAGUAUGUACCAUGCAUUGGGUUAUGGUACAAUAAUGUUUUUGCAAGCAAUGAUGACUUUUGAUAAGACAUGUAUUGAGGAAGCCAGCCAAAGUAUAAAAUCAGCCUUGCAAGUUUGUGAAAGAUAUCGGAGAAAGCAUACUUGGUCAGAAACCUUUACGAGCUUCUUAUGGAAACCAUCCUACGAGGAUGCUACAGAAGAGGAACUUCAUGCAGAACUUUGCUACGCUGAGUGUCUUCUUCAACGAGCUUUACUUAAUUUUAUCGAGGACGAAAGUUUGCUAUCAUUUUUAAGAGGCGGACUGAAAAUUAGAAGUUGUUACCACACGUACAAAGUUUGUUAUGACAUGAUGGAAGAUCUUCACAAAGGUGGCAAGGUGUCAUCAAGAUUCUCUGAUUUCAAAGGAGGAGUGAAUUUAGGAUUAGGUACCUUUAAUUUGCUUCUUUCGUUGUUGCCUGCUAAAGUUCUAAGACUGUUGGAGUUUGUUGGCUUUUCUGGUGACAAAUAUUUUGGGUUGGAUUUGUUAGACAAAGGUUUUCUUGAUGAAGGUCUGCGGUCACCAUUGUGUGCGAUGGUACUACUUGCUUAUCAUACUGUUAUAACCUACUUUCUUGGCAAUGGUGAUGGAAACAGCGCGUACGCGGAGAAGAUACUGGAACCGUGCAUCAAGUUAUUUCCUAAGGGAGCAAUUUUCCUGUAUUAUGGAGGCCGUGUGAAGCAUGUUGAUGGUCAUCUUGAUGAGGCAGUUGUAAAAUAUCACGAAUCAAUUGCAUCACAGUCAGAAUGGAAGCAGUUUCAUCACUUGUGCUACUGGGAACUUAUGUGGUGUUACUGCUUUAAACGGGAUUGGAAAGAAGCUUAUGGUUAUGCAAGAAAAUUGUUAAAAGAAAGUCGCUGGUCAGCGUGCUCAUAUAUGUAUUUCUGUGCAGUGUUUAAGUUAAUGGGUAGAAUUGACUCCCAAUGCGGUGAAUUUAACAGUGAAAAGGAAAAAGAGGAAGAAGCUGAAGAUUUUAUGUUUAGAAAAGCUCAGGAACUUAAGCAAAGAUUAGCUGGCAAAUCGAUCCCUUUCGAAAAAUUUUCAGUCAGCAGGUGUAAAAAUUAUUUUGAAAAGGAUAAAUACCUUUGGUUACCGGGUCUGGAAUUGAUAUUGCUGUGGAAUGGAUUUCGAAUUCUCUAUAAAAGACCGGACUUGAUAAAAAGUUUGCUGGAACUUGUGCACGACACACAGCGUAAACAGUCGACCACGAGAAGUGAUGGGCAUGUAUACCAAACUGAAGACGUUUGCCUUUUGAAGUUAUUAGAGGGAAUGUGUGUAAGAUGUUUAAACCAAAAGCAGUUGGCUAUGGUGUGCUUCCAACAAGUUUUAGCGCACGAAGCUGAAUUUGCAGAAGGCAGUUAUUUAGCGGCGUAUACAUGUGCUGAGGUUGGUUUCAUGCAUUUAGACCACGGUGACGUGAGCACGGGCAAAAAUUACUUGGAAUUAGCCAGCAAAAAAUAUCAUGGAUAUCUCCUGGAAAACCGGCUGCGAUUCAGGAUUCAUGGAGCUUUACAGGAUUUAGAGUGUGAUAAAUAUAAUGUUCCACGGUUCUGUACUUCGGAUGAGAAUGACGGAAAACAAGUCACUGACCAGUCAACUGCAACCAGCUCUCAUGAAACAACCGAUGUUAAAACUGUAAACCCUCAGUCUAGUUCUGUGGAGGUAAAAAUCUUUAAGGAAACGUCGGUGUGAACGCAACUAACGUUUUAUUUGAAACAAAACCCAGCAAAAAUUCUUGUUCAUUAGUAAGAUUUUCACUGCUGCAACUGUUAUUUGCCGGUUAAAACGCGGUGAAAUGCAAGGCACCCACCCAAAAUGGCGAGUCAAAUGCCUCAGUAAAAAUUUAAAAAUAGGUUUCCUGAUUAGAUAUUUUUCAUCAAUUAAUAUAGUAGUCCUAAUUUUCAGAGAAUUGUAAUAUAACAUUAAUCUUAACGUCACUAAAAAGGAGUUACAUAUAUAUGAAAACAGUGUAAUAUAGAUCUGUAAAUGAUAUUAAUAUGUAUUUAUUAUCCAAAAUUUCGGUAAUUAAAUUGUGCUGAAAUAAUCAGCAAUUAAGCAGCCUGCGUGCAGGCGUAAUACGUAAUUAACCUUUGCACGCGGGCUACAGUCUAGCCACGAAAAAUAAA